GAACAACUGUUGUGCUGUUCGUGCACACACACAACAAGACUCGCUGUGCAGCACGCACCUUCUUCCUCUCCCUUCCCACACCCCACACAAGUUGUCACACACAACUACAGCAGCACAGGCACCACACAACAACGCCUGCUGUGCAGCACGCACUCCCUUCCCUCCACCUCACACCCACCACCAUCUCAAAGCGACGGCAGCAUGCGGGUGCUUGUGAUUGCGCCUGUGUCGAGUGAGGCCAUGCACGUUGGCGGCGGCGUGGCCAUCACGUACAAGGUACUGACAGAGAAGCUCAAGGCCCGCGGCCACGAGGUGGAGGUCCUCUCCUCGUGGAACGGGUCCUUGGAACAUGCGUUCUUCCGCCCCCACCCGGGCUUCCGGAUGAUCAAGGUCAGCCUCAAGAACAUGGACAUCAUCCGCGAGGCCAUCAAGCGCUCCGACGUCGUGGUGUGCCCAGACAGCGCGCUAGUCGCCUGCAUCGGCCUCGAGUGCUGGCGCCUGGGCGUGCCAAGCAUAUGGGUCAUCCACACCAACUUCAUGGCCAUUGGCAAGCACGUGCUCAACGCGUUUCUCUUCCAGUUUUACGACGCCGCCAGCACCUUCUUCCUGCGCAGCUACGGAUCAGCCUUCACCCACAUCCUCACCACCAGCCACGACUACAUGUGCAUGCUCCGCAAGCGCGGCUUCCGCAUCUCCGGCUACAUUGACCAAGGCUUCAAGGCCGACGUCUUCAAGGAGCACGAUGAGCCAGCCGCCGUCGCUGCCGUGCGGGAGCGCCUCAUCAAGGGCCACCCCGCCGACACAAAGGUGAUGCUGUUCGCAGGCCGCUUCGCGCCAGAGAAGCGCAUCAGCCUCCUCUUCGACUGCAUCCCCGACGGCUUUGUGCUUGCGCUUGUCGGCGAUGGCAGCCUGCGCGAGGAGUUUAUGCAGCGGCAGGCCCAGGACAACCGCAUCGUGGUCGUGGCGGAGAUGCUGAGCCAGCACGACCUGCGCCUCUACUACAAGGCCGCAGACGUCACCGUCUCCGCGUCCGACUUUGAAACAUAUGGCAUGACCGUGCACGAGUCCCUCCUGUGCCACACGCCGGUUGUCGUGCAAGACGGCAACGGCUUCCGCAGUCAGGUCCGUCACGGCGUCAACGGGUUCCUCGUCAACUACGAGCACGCCGCAUCGGCCAAGCGUGCCAUUGCGCAGGCUGUCAACUACACCUUUGACGCGCGCCCCUUCCGCGCCGCGGACUGCGUGGACAUGGUUGAGUUUGUGGAGACAUCGGCCAAGAAGCACGUAACCCCCGCAAGCAAAAACAUGGGCUGGGUCAUCUCCUUCCUGCAGUACUUGUACAUGAUUCCAACUCGCAUCAGCCAAAUCAUCUUCAGAGACGACAACGUAACAGACUGGUGACAUGUCAUGUCACACAACACGGACGGGCUGUAAUGUGUUUGUGUGCGUGUGUGCGUGUGCGUGCGUGUGUGCGUGCGUGUGUGCGUGUGCGUGUGUGUGUGUGUGUAUGUGCGUUUGUUUGUUUGUUUGUUUGUUUGUUUGUUUGUUUGUUUAUUCAUGUGUGCGUGUGUGUCAUAAUGCGAGCGACUGCAUGUGCAUGACAGUCUUGUUAUCAUCUGCGCGCGCGCGUGUGUGUGUACCUUCUCUUCCGUGUGUCGUCGGUGUUUGUGCACAGCGUCGUCCUCUCAUAUGCGCGUGUAUGUGUGCCCACACUUGUUUGGUUUGCGACGCAUACCAUUUCUUUUGCGUUUGAAUGACUUGCUCGUGUGUCUGUUAACUGUAGUGAAGCCACUGACGAUGGGUGUGUCAGUGUGGCGGUUGUAGCACCAGCCCAUGUACCUGUGUGUGUUUGCAUUUGUGGCUUGGUCUGUGCACCACACACGUCAUUUCACAACGUGUCGUGUGAUGGAACAAGACCCUUCGUGUGUUUGCAACCGUAUCCAUGCAUGGUGCCGUGGCCUGCCUGCCUGCCUGCCUGCCUGCCU